UUUUGAUUCGGCACGCAGAAGAACAUGGAGAGAAGACAGCGUUUUCAGGUCCAGGAUGGACAUUAGUAAGUGAUGCGCAGAUUUUAUCUAUCUUACAUGCCUUCAUAGACCUUCAGCCAGUCCACUCGCAAGAUAUUCAGGGUGCAUGGGAGGAAUUUAUGUGCUAAUACGUAUUCAGUCCUAUGGAGACCUUGAGAGGCGCACCAGACGCUUAGCAAUUCAUUUAGUUGGUGCUGGCAUAGGGAAAGGGCAUUUUGUGGCCGUUGUGCUCGGCAGGUGCCCCCAGGCUGUCGAGUCUAUGCUCGCAACCACGAGAUCGGGUGCAGUAGUAGUACCUCUGGACCCGCGCUCCCCGCCGUCAGAACUAGCCAGAGUUCUUGAGCAUAGCGGAGCAUGUGUGGUCAUCACGGAUAUCAAUCACUUCACCAAGGUACGCGCUGCCACCAAGGAAGGCAGUAUGAUUAUCUUGAACGGCGAACAAUCUGAUCAUAUGGAUCCUAAACAUCAAGUUGUGUCAUACCAGGAUUGGGUUGAAGACAACGAAUGUUUAACGUUGAGUGUCAACAUUGAUAAGCUUGAGGAAAGCGAGGAAGCAUUUUUAAAUUACACGUCCGGUACUACGGGUUUGCCCAAGGGGAUAUUGAUGGAUCAGAAGAGUUAUUUGCUGAGUGCCAGAAGUCUUGUAUCAGCGCUCGGUCUGACGCCCAACGACCAGAUUUUCUGGCCUCUUCCGCUAUUUCACUGCUUCGGCCUUGUGACGUGCAUAUUUGCUGUCAUGACAGCAGGUGCCAGCGCAUACCUACCCGGCGCGGACCAGGAACUUUAUGACAGCCUCAAGAUUGCGGAGGCCCAGGGGGCUUCACCUACCGUCAUAGUGGGAGCGCCUACCACUUUUCAAACCCUUCUAGAUACUAUGAGGCUGAACGAUUCAAUAUCUUCAUUAUCUUUGCCCAGGCUGAGGUUAUGCGUAUGUGGGGGUUCUCCGGCAUCUACAUCUCUGGGGAACGAGAUUGAGAGGUUUCUUGGGGUUCCCCUAUCAGAUAAUUAUGGAUGCGCAGAAGGCCUUGUCAUCUCUGUCUGUAAGCCAGAUCACAUAUACCGCCAGCAGUCUAGCAUGACAUUACUGCCACAAUGGAAGAUGAAGUUGGUAGAUUCCGAUGGGAAAGAGGUCAAGGACGGUGAACAAGGCGAACUCCUGAUCCAAGGCCCCACCCUGAUGCUCAGAUACCACAGAGAUACGCAAAACCCAUUCGUAAUGGAUGGCUGGUAUGCCACGGGAGACAUUGCAAAAUGCUUCAGUUCUGCAAGUGGCAUGGACUUAGCCUUGAUAGGCCGUAAAAAAGAGAUCAUCAUCAGGGGAGGCGAGAACAUCUACCCUCACGAGCUUGAGCGUGUUCUACUGCGACAUCCCAGCGUAACUGACGCUGUCGUGGCUAGCAUUCCGCACAGACUGCUUGGAGAGGUACCUGCUGCUUUCAUUGUCAGAGGGACAAUCGAUCUAGAUAUAACAACCCUACUGACCGGGUGUCGCGAGGUCUUGCCAGAUUACAAAGUGCCCACUGCUUUCUAUGAGAUUGAGCGUGUGCCCAGGACUUUCCUGGGGAAACCGAAGCGAUUGAACAUGUCAUCAUACACCAACAAGCCUCUCACCAUUCGUUACAAAUUGCAAUCAAAGGUCUCUAUUGACAAUUUGGUGAUUGCCGAAACCGUCGGCGCGAGUGCAACCGACGAUAGGCCCGAGGAUAGCGAGUCCAGGGUGGACUGGCUUCAUCGGCACUUUGAUCAGCCCUUUUCGGAUCUGGGCCUGACUUCGAUGGCGAGUGUGGUUCUCCGGGACAGACUUUCCAAUCUCACCGGGCUAUCAAACCUUUCUCACACUCUAGUCUUCGACCAUACUACCCCGGCAGCAGUAAGCCAACAUCUCUGUAGUUUAUUACUGAAGCAUGAAACGACAUCACUUCCCAGAAUUACACCCAAUACUACUUCAGAAAGUGCAUUCGAACCAAUUGCCAUCGUAUCUAUGGCCUGCCGAUAUCCUGGAGGUGUCUCUUCACCCGAAGAUCUAUGGCGGCUCGUGAUAGAUGAGAUAGAUGCAACUAGUGACUUCCCAGAUGAUCGUGGUUGGGAUACUGAGUCGAUAUAUAACGUAGACCCCGACGAGCCCAGGACCUCCACGACGAAGCGAGGCGGUUUUCUGCCUAACUUUGCUCAUUUCGAUGCUGGAUUGUUUGGCAUGGCACCAAAAGAAGCUCUUGCUACUGAUCCCCAGCAAAGGCUCUUGCUGGAGACUGCUUGGGAAUUGGCCGAACGAGGGGGCAUUGCUCCGUCAUCACUACGGGGUACUCAAACCGGUGUAUUUGUGGGUGCCAUGUACGAAGACUACGCACAGAACGGCACUGGAAAUCAUGAGUUAGAGGCGUACCUCGGGUUUGGCUCAUCUAGCAGCGUUAUUUCUGGGCGCUUAUCCUACUGUCUGAACCUUCACGGUCCGUCCCUGGCCGUCGCGACAGGUUGCUCAUCCUCCUUGGUCGCGAUGCAUUUAGCAGCCCAAUCCCUACGAAACGAAGAGUGUACACUCGCUAUUGCAGGGGGAGUGACCACGAUGGCGACACCACAGCCAUUCAUCAUGCUAAGCAGACGACGCGGCCUGUCCUCGGAUGGGCGAUGCCGGGCGUACUCAAGCGAUGCAACCGGCACCGGCUGGUCUGAAGGCGUGGGGUUGGUACUUCUUGAGCGACUUUCCGAUGCGAAACGUAACGGACACCACAUACUCGGCUUGAUUCGUGGCUCGGCAAUCAACUCGGAUGGAAAAUCUAACGGACUUACAGCACCAAAUGGACUUGCUCAGGAAAUGUGCAUCAAAAGCGCACUAAAUCAGGCAAGGUUAUCGACAGGAGACGUCGACGUGAUUGAGGGCCACGGCUCUGGAACUCCCCUAGGCGAUACAAUCGAGGUUCAGGCUCUGACGUCGGCUUACGGUAAUGGGAAUGGGAGUAAUAUCUCCAAAAGUAACAAGCGUACAGUGCCUCUGCUGCUUGGCUCAAUCAAAUCGAACAUCGGACACACACAAGCUGCAGCAGGCAUUGCAAGUAUCAUAAAAAUGGUGCAAAGUAUUCGUUACGGUGUCGCUCCAGCAUCCUUGCAUAUCCGUGAGCCAUUAAUAGAUGUGGGCUGGGAAGGAAGCGGCGUGGAAGUGCUCCGCGAGACCAGGCAGUGGCCGACAGUGAAUAGACCAAGACGGGCUGCAGUUUCCUCAUUUGGUAUUGGUGGCACAAACAGCCAUAUAAUCUUGGAACAGCCUGAGAUCGUGCAAGCAGAGGUUAAGAAACCCAAGGCGGUUUCCAUCGCGUUUCCCUGGAUUUUGUCUGGCGCAAGCAUGCCUGCUUUACGAGCGCAAGCCCGGAAAUUGUUGGCGGCUUGCAGGCAAGUAGACCUUAAAUCAUCCAUCACCAUCCAUGAUGAAGACCAUGCCGAUAUCGCCUUCACACUUGCCACUGCGAGAUCAGCCCUUCAAUACAGGGCCACGGUGAAGCAUAAUUUAGGCCCCAUUAUGGGCAAUCAAAUCCAAACAGCACUCGAAUGCCUCAUUCAGAGUAAGCCGCAUCGUGCGCUCAGUACAUCACAUGCGAGUACUGGGGGCACAACGCCUCGCCUUGCAUACAUAUUCUCAGGUCAAGGAAGCAAACUGCCCAACAUUGAAGCACUUCAAGAGUUGCGUGCUACAUUUUCUGCCUUCUCUCAGAAAUUCGACGCAGCUUGCGGAGAAGUCAAUCGACAUCUAGAGUGCCCAAUUCUAUACGCUAUGAGUGAUAGUACGCUUCGGGACCGUACCGACUUUGCACAAGCCAGCUUAUUUGUCUUCGAAGUGGCUAUGUUUCACCUCCUCCAAUUUUUCAAUGUGCGCCCAGAUGUGGUAGCCGGACAUUCGCUCGGAGAGAUUGUUGCAGCGCAUGUCGCAGGUGCUUUGUCUCUUCGCGACGCAGCCUUCAUCGUUACAACGCGUGCCAAGUUAGUUGCCAGUCUUCCUCCUCAAGGUGGAAUGGUAAGCAUAUCAGCGACUGAGCAAGAAGCUCUCGAAGAACUGGUUCGUCUGGAACUGUCAGCCACUGUUGCAGCGGUGAACUCCCCAAGUUCAAUCGUAGCGUCUGGCACUCAAGAGGCUAUCAAAACCCUGGCAGACAGGUUUUCAAGUUUGGGGAGAAGAGUGAAAAUAUUCCCGAACGUCAGAUAUGGAUUUCACUCACCAAUGAUGGAUCCUAUACUCAAUGAUUUCGAGAAGGCACUGGUAUCAUCGUUGUCGGAGGAAAUUUCAUCAACAUUACCGCUUGUUUCUACAGUCACUGCCAAACGAGCUGAUGCAAAUCAGCUCAGUUCUCCAAGGCACUGGGUUCGCCAUAUGAGUGAGCCAGUGCGCUUUGCAGAUGCUAUGAAAGAACUCGAAAUGGGCGAACAGGUUUCAGUCUUCAUGGAAAUCGGCCCUUCUGCAGUCCUAUGUCCCCAUGUACCUGGCGCCAUUGCUACAUACGACUCAGUAGAGAAGCUAGUCAAUACGCUGGGAGAUCUUUGGGCUCGUGGUGUUCCCGUGAACUGGCAAGCUGUCUUCGAUGGUAGUGGUGUGCGUUUAGUCGAUCUUCCUGUAUAUGCUUUCCAAAGACAAAAGUAUUGGCUUCCAUAUACUCCCUUGUUGCCCGCAGUAUCCCAGCGAGCAGUUACUGAGCGUUUACAAGAGAAAACGAUGGGGGCGUCUGGCUUUAAACAGCAUGGCUUCAUUCUUAAUGCCACCUCGAUUUCUGGAACAAAGAACGUCCUCUGUUCUGGCUACCUGUCCACGAUACAACAACCCUGGCUUCGCGACCACAUAUUUGAUAAGAAAUUGCUUAUACCAGCCACAGUCUUUGUCGAAUUAGCCAUACGUGCCGCUGAGGAAUGCCUAGAGUAUCCUAUCAGUGCGCGUGUGGUGCUAGACGAAAUGACUAUUACCACCCCGCUAGCCUUGUCUUUAACAGGGAAUGAAGAGGACUCUGAAGUAUCACAGGUGCAAAUUAUCGUACGGGAACCCCAGCCUAGCAGUCACGGAAAAGGUGUUUGUAGAAAUGUGGAAAUAUAUUCACGCUCCGGUGGUGCUGCUACAGACCAGGAGUGGACGCACCACGCCACGGGCGAUAUAAUAUUCACAUCACCGACCAGCAACGUGCGCAGGCUGUUUUAUAACGGCCCAGAACCGACCAAAAAGGAUUCAGAUGUGGAUAUCUCGGAAGCAUAUGCUUCGCUGAAAAGUAUAGGCAUCGAGUAUGGGCCAUCCUUCCAAGGUGUGCGAGCCAUCUGGCAUCUACCUGACGAUGAGUUACUAGCACAGAUCGAUCCACCUCGGAAGAAUGAGGGUGGAGAAAAUUUCAUAUUGCACCCAGUUCUUCUAGAUGCUGUAUUGCAUGCUUCUGCUCUCGGAUCGCCAAACAGUAUUAAUGGUAGUAAUAUUCGACUACCUUUCUCCUUCCGAGGAAUAGAAAUCUUCGAGCCACUUAGUACCUCGCGCCCAGUACUAGUCCAUAUCCGUCGUAUUGAUGAGAGUCGCCUAUCUUUAACAAUUGCAAACAACUUGGAAGAUACAGUUGCCGUCAGGAUCGACGAGAUUGUGUUGCGCCGUUGGCAGCCUGAGAUGAAAAACAGUGGCUUGUACUGCCUGCAGUGGACUGAGAUGAUGUUCAAGCCUAGUCCAACGAUAGAUCCGAACAUACUCGACAGCAUUUUCCGGUUUGAGAGCUGUGAUUUGCUCGAGGAAUCAGCUCCCAGUGAUACUGUUCAUCAAGCUGUCGCUCAGGCGCUCCGCAUUGUACAAGAGUGGAGAACGAAGAACGCAUCCUCCGCGGGCGGGGAACCUGCUGCACGCUUGGUCUUUGUGACUAAGAACGCGACCUCAGCUGGGAAAAACCUCAAUGUCAAUAUUGUCACUGCUACCGUAUGGGGCUUCGUAAGAUCGGUUCAGGCAGAGUUUGGCCAGGGUCAAGUUAUACUCGUCGAUUCGGACGGAUCACCCAAGUCGCAGGGUGUCCUUUCACACGCACUUGCUACUGGAGUCGAAACGAUGGCGCUACGCGAGGGGAAAAUAAGUACACCCAGUAUGACGCAGAUACCAGCUCCACAAAUGGCCCUUCCAAUGGCCCUCGAUGUCAGUGGGACUGUAUUGAUUACUGGUGGAAUGGGUGGGCUUGGUGCUAUCCUAAGCAAAGAUCUUGUGCUUACGCACGGCGUCAAAAAUCUGCUUCUUAUCAGUCGUUCAGGUAUUAGCGCUGAAGCUUCUGAAGCUCGGAAGCUAUAUCACGAGCUUCGGGGUGCAGAUGCAGACGUACGUGUGGAGGCUUGCGAUGUCGGCGACAGGACGCAACUAGCCGCAUUGCUGGAGAACCACGGACAACAUCCACCCAUCACCGCUGUUAUUCAUUGCGCAGGCGUGGUCGACGACGCAGUCGUAAUGUCUCAGACUACACAGCGAGUAUCUCGUGUUUUACACCCCAAAGUCAACGGCGCAUGGAACCUCCACGAGCUUAUGCCGAAUACAGUACGCUCAUUCAUCCUCUUCUCGUCGUUCGUUGGCACUCUUGGGAACGAAGGCCAGGCUGCAUAUACUGCAGGCAAUGCUUUCCUUGAUUCUUUGGCUCGAUUCCGUGUCGCACGGGGAUUACCCGCCUUGUCGCUUGCUUGGGGGCCAUGGACGAAUGCUGCUGGUAUGGCCGGAGAGGGGAAACUGCCCAAUGUUUCUCCACGCCUCUCUACCGCUCAGUUCUUGACAGAUAAGCAAGGUCUAGAUCUAUUUUACAAAGCUCUGGCCACGCAAAUCGAAGUCCCUUCGGAUCCGGUUCUCAUGCCGCUGUUGCUGAGUGGAGCUCCCCCACGGCUACUGUCAACCGAUCCAAUAUCCCAUAUUAGGAAGACCAGGACACAGGGCGGAGACAAUGUAGAACUUGCUUGGCGCAGAAUACUCUCGAAUGCCUCAGUGGAGGAUCAUCCCAACGUCCUGGUACGCCUAGUGCGAGAUGAGAUCGCUGAGGUACUUGGUUAUCAGUGUGGAGAUGCGGUUCCUGACAAGCCACUUGCUGAAAUUGGCUUCGAUUCUUCCACCUCGGUCAUGCUUAUGAACCGACUGAGGAUCUUAACAGGAUUAUACGACCUUCCCGUUACGCUGGCUAUGGAUUUGUACAGUCCCGAAUCGCUUGUGCAGUAUCUUUUGCCACUGGUAGACGUAAAGCCGCGCUUAGAAACUACGCAAGACUCAGACAUAUCAUCCGAUAUCUGCAAUACGCCAGCUCCUAGUGAGAGUGGUGAGGAAUUCGACUCGAAUAUAGCAACCGAGGCAACUUCGCCGGCUCGUCAGGCGCAUGACGAUGUGAACGCCAAUGUAUUCCGAGGAUUAACUACACUUCACGAACGGCUAUGUAAAUUGGGGCAGUAUACUUCCGCUGCUUCCUUACUGGCUGUAGCUUCUCUAACAAUCCCGAAUUUCUCUAAAGCUGAAGCCAGCUUAUCAGCCUACGCGGCAAGUCCUGAACAUAUUGCCAAAGGCCCAUUCAGUUCCUACGAGUCAGAUGUGCCAUUUUCCUUGGUCUGCAUCGCGCCUUUCCUCCCACGUGUCAAAAGUGCGGGGGUAAACUUCAGUGUGUACAGCAACAUCGCAUCUGCGAUGAAUGGAGAAAGAGACAUUUUUGAACUUGCGCACCCACAUGGACAGAUUGUUCCUCUGGAUUUUAAUUCGCUUAUCGAAUUGCAUGUUCAAACAAUUCGUAAACACUUCUCCCAUCGAAAGCGAAUUCUAAUAUCUGGAUAUUCUGUUGGUGGCAUUGUCGCCCACGCUGUGGCUUCCAAGUUGGCUGAAACUGAAGACCAGCCUUUGCUGGCGGGUAUCAUUCUGAUCGACACAUAUCCUAACAUGACUGGCCAGGACGACCCAGAUUGGUUGAACGCGCUUCCAGCCGAGGCUCUCAAAGAUAUUAGCGGUGGCCUCGUGGGAGACCUAGCAUUAGCAAAAAUGGGAGGGUAUUUCAAAACAUUGCAAGAUUGGGAUGUAGAGCUAUUUCCGCUGCCAAAGACAGCACCGGCGCUAUUCAUUCGAGCUCGAGACCCAGCAGGCUCGAUUCCUACGGAAGUUGAUCUGUGGCGUCCUCAGUGGCCGCGUGCGAAUUUAACAGUCGAAGUACCUGGCAACCACCUGACGCUGUUGGACAAAAAACACGCUGGUUUUGUUGUUGACGAGAUACAAAGAUGGAUAAAGGGCCAUGUAAACAAGUCGCAUUGA